AGAAUAAUCAAUGGUUUACAAUCCAGAAGGUCUUUCGGUUUUUGCGCUUUAUGAGAUUUUUCGUUUGUGCAUUGUCCUGUUUAAAAACCUACAAUAAUUGAUUCGAGACGUAAAAAAAUUUAAUUUUGGAAUAAAAUUAAUCAAAAAAACAAUAAAAGAAUAACAAAAACGAAAACUUUAUUUCGUAAUACUUGAGUGACGCCGGCCACCUUAAGCCUCGGAGUCUUAAAGUCUCGAAAGGCCCACAGACAUACGUGCAACAAAGGUAAGAAUUCCACGAGAUAUUUUCAGCAAUAUAUUUUUUAUAAUUUAUAUAUGAAAUUCUAUGACAUUCCUCGUUUAAAAUUCUACAGAUUGGUUUGCAAUAAUAUUUAAUAAUAUUACAUUGUUAACCUCAAAAAUAUUUAUAAUAUUUAAAGGAACUUGGAGUUAGUUUAAUAACUAAUGCGUAUUAUAGGAUUAUAACCGCUUUUUAAAAUAAUUAAAAAUUUUUAUUUUAUUGUAUAUUAAUUUUAAUUUUCUUCAUUAUUUUUGUAUUUGGUAAUGUUCAAAAUUAUAUUUGUGCAUUGUAUACAUAUAGUCCUAUGUGAAUGUGUUGAUUUGAAAUUUUAUUACGGAUUAUAAGCAAUUGCUCGUAUAUUCUAUGAAAUAAGAAAUAUAAUUCAUGAAUAUUAUGUGAAAACUAUUUAUAGUAUAAAAUUACUACCACCAUUAUUAUUGCUACUAUUAUUAUUACUAUUACUACCUUCCUCCCCCUCCCCCCUCACUCUCACUCACUCACUCACUCACUCACUCACUCAUUCACUCACAUAUAUACAUAUCAGGCGCGCGCGUCUAUACGCAUAUACGUUCACUCAUUUACGUGGGACUAUAUUCCAAAUAUUAUUUUUUUAUGAUUUAUAAAUUCAUAUAAAUAUUAAUGUUUUCAAUAUAUCAUAUUAUUCAUAAUUAAUAAAUAUUAAAUUUAAUGUUAAAAUCUUUAAAAAAUUCUUUUUAAAUAUGAUUUUAAAAUCUUAUUGUUUAAAAACUAAUAUUAAUUUCCAUUAAAUUUAGAAAUGAAUAUUAUAUAUAAAUUUAUUAAUACUAACUGAGAUUAAUUUGAUUUAUAAAAUAUUAAUAAAAUAUUAACAAUUUUUAUGAAAUAAAAUUUAAUUUAGCUUUUAAAUAUUAUUACUGCAAUCUGUAUUGUAUAUGAUUAGUAAUUUAUAUAUGCUCUUAGAUUAAUAUAUUUAUAGAUAUUAAAUAUUUUUAUUUUAUAAUAUUACCAGAGAACUACUUCCUAGUUAAGAAAUUUAUAUGAACGUUUAAUAUAAAUUGUUUAAUUUAUAAUAAAUAUUUUUUUUUGCAUUAUUUCAUAUAUAUUUACCAAUAUCAAAUUUAGAAAUUACGUUAAUUUUCUUAUUAUUGACUACUGUUAUUUGGUUUAUAUUAUUUUUUAUAUAAUUUGUUUAUAAUAUUAAGUUAAAUGAUUUUUGUUUCAUAUGGUUUCAUUUAUAUGAUGAUAAGUACAAUGCUUUAGUUUUUUUCUUCCUAAAUUUUUCCUUUUCCUUUUGUUCUUUCUUUUUCCAUGCCCAAAAGACAUUCUUACAGGUUGAAAGUCCGUUCGUUAUAGUUUCUAGUGCAGUACAUAACAGUUUGCGGUUUACCGGUAUUUCUUAGUUUGUGUUGUGUUCGAGUUGAAAGUUUAAAACGUAAAACAAAAAGUUCGGGGCAAGAAAUCUUGAAAAUUAACAGUAUGUCUUGUAAAUGUGAAAAAAGUUCAGUUUGAGUAUAAAGUAUAAAAGUUAUUAGUAAAAAAGUUAUCAACGUGAUAUAAAAAGUAUGUUCGACACGGUAUGGAUUGCUCGCGUUGUGCCUUCAAGAGCAAGUACUGCACAGGCUCUUAUUGAUACAGGUUAGAAUAAUUCAUCAUGUCAGACUCUGGUUCAGAAAGUUCCUCUUCGGAGGGUUAUGAUGGAAGAAGAGAUCGAGUUACACCUGCUGACAAUGUGGCAUCACCAAACUUUUCACAUCAUUCAUCUAUAUCUGGACAUAAAUCUAGAGCAAGUUCUAUUUCUUCAAGAGAAAAGUCACCUGAAUCUGUUUUAUCAGAAAGAGAUUCAAAAUCUCCAAGAUAUACACCAAUAUCUCCAAAAUCUCAAAGAUCUGGAUUAGUAUCUCCUAGUGAAGUGGGUUCUCCAAGAUCAACUCGUAGUUUAUCAAAAUCACCACCUACUUCACCAAAAUCAUAUCAUUCAGGAAAUAAUUCUUUGGAUUCACCAAGAAGUGAUCAGAGUUUAUCUCAUUCUCCUAUACAAGAUGAAAGAUCAUGCCCAUCUACUCCUCUUGAUUCCAAAUCUCUACAUCUUGAUGAUACAGAACCUAAACAAUUUGAACUGGAAGUAGAUGCACAAAGAUCUGGAGAUAAUUCUCUUAAAUCAUAUUCUUAUAAAAAUAGUGAAUCAAGACAAAGUUCACCAAAAUCUCCAAGAUCUGGACGUAGUUCAGCAAAAUCAUUAAUGUCUGGAAGAAGUUCUCCAAAAUCAGGUCCAGCAUCUCCUAUGGAUGAUCAAGAAUCAGAAAAACAUUCACCACCUCAUUCUCCACCAACAAAAACUUCAUUUAAUGAAUUGGAUGGAGAACAAAUUUCUGAUGGAGAUAUUGAAGAUGAACCUGAAUCAAUAACUAAAUCGAAACCUACACCAAUUACACAUGGUGAAGAUUUAUCAGAUGUUUCUGAUUUAGAAAGUAUAGAUGGAGUUGAUGGUACUGAACAUGAAUCAAUUCUUAAGGAAAAUCAACAAAAUGAAGAAAAACACUUAAUUAUUGAGAAAAUAGAAAAAGAAGAUAAACAUGCACCUGUUGGAUUAACAGAAGAAAGUGAACAGUUAGAUUUUGAAGCUGAUGGUCAAUGGAAAGACGAACGAGAUGAAGGUGAAGCAGAAGGACCUAUUAUUAAAGAAAAUAAAGAUAAAGAUGAAAAAGAUGGAAAAGAUAAAGAUAAGGAUAAAAUGAAAUUAAAAGAUAGUGAUGUAAAUGAUAAAGAAGAAGGAGAAGAAGAUGGGGAAAAAGUAGAAUCUGAAUUAGAAGAAGGGGAACUUAGCGAUGGAGAUGAUGCUCGACCAGAAGAAACAGAACCAAGACCUGUUUGCCGUUUUUAUAACCGAGGUCAAUGUACAUGGGGAGUUAGUUGUAGAUUUUUACAUCCAGGUGUAACUGAUAAGGGUAAUUAUACCAUGUUUGAUAUGGUAAGGCCAAUGGCAUACCCACCACAUACAGUGGCUGCUCCACAUGAAUUUAGACCACAUAUUGAUAGACCAAAUAUAGUAAGACCAUUACCUGGAUAUGGAGCACCACCACAUACACCAAAAAUAGAAGAUCUUCCUACAGAAUCUGCAUGGGAACGUGGAUUACGACAUGCUAAAGAAAUGAUGCGUAAAGCAAAUAAGCGUAAAGAAUCAGAUAUGGACUUUGAAGAAAAAAAAAUGAAUUUAAGCUUAGGACAAGAUGAAUUAGAUAGAGAAGCAGGAUAUUAUGUAAGAGCAGCUAGUCCAGAACCACCUGUUGAAAGAUGGCCACCUAGAGAGGCACCUAGAAGAAUACCACCACCAAGACUUACACCAGAAAGAUAUAUCGAUGAUCCUGAUUCUUAUUAUGCACCACCUGCAGCUCCUCCAGAAUAUUACAGGAGAGUACAUUAUAAAACAGAUUCUCGAGUUACUACUGAAUAUAGAGAACGUAUAGAUUAUCAUGCAAUACCUCGUGGAACACCUCACUCUGUUUCUCCACCACCACAUACCAGAGAAAGAGAAAGAGAAAGAGAGCGCGAACGUGAUAGAGAACGAGAAUAUUAUGAAAAAUAUGAGAAGAAACAUAAACGUCCAUCAAGAGAGGUUAUUGUAGAACGUAUUCCGCCAACAAAACCUUGGCGAGAAGAAGAACCACCACCAGAAGAAAGGAGUAGAGGAGAUGAAUGGGCAGAUCCCUGGAUGCGUCGGAAGUCUCCAAGUACAGUACGUCGAAAUACAUCAUCUCGACGAUCACGAAGACAGUCAUACUCUUCAGGCUCUUCAUAUUCGUCAACAAGUUCUAGCCGUAGCUCGAGCCGCUCUAGCUACAGUUCUUACGACUCCCUAUCCAGGUCCCGUUCACCAUCCCCUCCCUCUAGAACCCGUGGUGCUGGCAAAGGAAAAGCAGUGGUGACGUCGCCACCUUCUAAUCCUCCAACGAUUGCAGCUACUGCACCUCAGCGAGGUGCCAUGUUAAUGAAUCCACCUGCUCCUUCUCCUCGUCCACCUAAAGGUUCCAUUUCUCCUACAACUGGUACGCUUCAUCGACGUGCUGGUCUUAAUCCACCUGCACCGAGUCCUCUUUCUUCUCAUCAACGUCAUCACGAAAAAGCAAGAGACAAAGCAGCGAUAGCAGCAGCUGCAGUAGCAAAAGUUAUUAAAAGUCGAUCAAGAUCGAGGUCAUCGCAUAGUAGUUCAGGUUCAGAAAGCAGUGGUAGCAGUAGUGAUUCUAGUGAGUCGAGUUAUUCGUCUUCUUCCAGUGAAACACGUCGCAGAAAAGGUUCCACUCCACCGGUAACACGAAAAGAUUCCAAGGGUAUUGAUGCUUUGAAGCUUAGUGGUACCAAACAACAAAUCAAGCUUACAUUGAAGCCAACAAGCAAUACUACAGCUGUGAAAAAAGUUGAUCGAUCUGCUUUAAUGGCUGGAAAAAAAAGAGGCUUAGAAUCACCACCAUUAAUUGACAGUAAAGCGAGCGUUGCUGCAGCUGCAGCCAAAGCUGCAAAAAAAGCAAGUUCACGACGAGAAGAAUUAUUAAAACAACUUAAAGCAGUAGAAGAUGCAAUUGCGCGUAAGCGAUCAAAAGUUUAAUAAUACAACAUAUAUUAAUUAUUUUAGAAAUAUGUAUGUAUACACAAACGCAAACACAAAUAUUUCCUACAUAUAAUUAGCUGCUAUAAAAUAGCAUGAGAUAAAAAAAAAAUAUUUCAUAUUAGGAUAAACAUUUCUAAUUUCACAAAUUUUUCUAAUCACAAUGUUAAUAUUUAACUUCUGAACUUCUUUUUUUCGCUAACAUGUAAACACAAAUCGAACAAAUAUAAUACUAUAUUACUAUAGUUUCUUCAUUAUUGAAGAUAGAAAACUAUUCGUGUUUCGUUACGUAUGUACACAUACAUCUGUAUGUGAAUGUAAAAACUUCGAAUCAUACAUUUUCUUUAAAAGUUGGUCAUAGUAAUUUGUAGAAGUAAGAUAAAAAUAAACUACAAAACGACGUCUUAAAACUGCCAAAUACACGUAAAUAAAACGUGUAAUUUAUUUAUAUAUGAAAAAAAAUUCUGUUGAAAUAUACAAUAUAUCAAUCAUAAUAAACUUAACAUUUUUAAAUAGAUACAAACAAGUUUGAUAAUAUCAACGACAAUAAAAUGUCGCGCCAAUAUAAAUAUUUUACAUUAUCUUUUUUUUUAUUUUGGACAAUUUAUCUUGAGCAAAUUAAAUUCUUUAUUAUAACAUUAGCAUUAUUAGUUUAUUCAGACCAUUAAGAGAAAUAAUUCAUUAAUUUUAAUAUUUUUAUCUAAGGAAAAAAAUAUAUUAUUAAAGAGUGUGUAUAUUUUAUAUAACUAUUUUUAUGUUACAUGUGUAAUUAUAAAAAUCACAAAUUUUUCAUUAUAAAAGGUGAAAUAUAUAAUAUGAUUAAAUAAUUUUACUACCCAUAAAUAAAUUUAGUGGACAAAUUUAGAGAAGUUUGUUAAAAAAAUAUUUUAUUUCAUAUAAGUUCUAAUAGGAUAAAACUUUCUGCAAAGUAAUAUAUAGUAGUACACACACGCGCGCGCGCGCGCACACACACACACACACACACAACAGUAAUAAAAUAAAAUUUGGGAAAAAUAAUAAAGACAAAAUUUUUAUUACAAAUAUUUUAUCGACUAAUGGAACAAACAUUUUGUUAACAAUAAUUUAUUAAGUUAUAAAUUACAAAACAAGAUUACAAAAUGUGCAUAAUAAUAAUUAUAUACACAUUACAUACUAAUUAAUUAAACAGUCCAUAAAGAGAUAGAACAAUUAUUUUGUUUGAUAUUUUAUAUAUAAAUUAACAAUAAAUUAUACAAUAAAUAAUA